AUGAAACGUCUUUUAAAAGCUUUCUUAUCAACAACAGUAAAGGAAUAUUGUUUGACAACAAAUCUUGUUUGCGGUGAUCACGAAUUUCCUGAAGUAUUUCUCUUUGUCAAAGUCUUCACAUUUACUGAAAUAUUAUUUGAAGAAAUCUUUUCUGUUCAAUUACUUGAAAAUUUUCUUAUCAUGUUGUGGUAUCUGCGAUUCGUUGCGACUAAUUAUCUAUAA